GUUAAAAAAAAAUCAAAGAUGGCAGCGUUGUUUGGGCACGGAAAUCCACUGUCCACCCCAGUAGGCCAGCUCAUUGAGCGAGCCACAGACGCCGCCCAGGCAUCUGAAAACUGGGCACUUUUUAUGGAAGUAUGUGACUACAUCAAUGAAACAGAUGAUGGACCAAAGGAUGCAGUCAGAGCAUUCAAAAAACGCCUUUCACAGAAUGUUGGAAAAAACUUUACGGCUGUUAUGUAUACUCUGAUAUGUCUGGAGACUGCUGUGAAGAAUUGUGAGCGGCGCUUUCAUUGCUUUGUUGCUACCAAAGAUUUUCUGCAAGAAUUAGUCAAAAUUAUUGGCCCUAAAUAUGACCCCCCACAGGCUGUACAAGAAAAGGUGCUGCAAAUGAUUCAGACUUGGGCUGAUGCAUUCCGUGGGGUUCCAGAACUGAAAGAAGUUGACAAGACAUACCAGGAGCUGAAAUCAAAAGGCAUUGAAUUUCCUAUGACAGACCUAGACAACAUGGCUCCAAUUCAUACACCUGCCAGGAGUGUACCUUUGAGCACACCAGAGAAACAGCGAGGCAAUCAUAAUUCUUCACCACAUGGCUAUCAGCUUUCACCAACACAAACAGGAAGGACUGCAGUGCCACCUGCAAGCACUGAGGUUGUGCCUGCUGUUGCAAACCAGCCAGUCAGCCUUACUCCAGAACAAAAGACAAAACUGAGUCGUGAACUGGGUGUUGUCUCGGGCAACGUGCGGGUAAUGAGUGAGAUGCUGACAGAAUUAUCCCCAAUGAAUGUGGAUCCUUCAGACCUUGAAUUGUUGCUGGAGCUAAAUAGAACAUGCAGACAGAUGCAGCAGAGAAUUCUGGUGUUGUUGGAAGAGGUGGCCAAUGAAGAAUGCACAAAUGAACUUCUGCGAGUGAAUGAUGACUUGAACAAUGUGUUUCUGAGAUAUGAACGGUUUGAGCGCUACAGAUCAGGACAAGGUGCUUCAGAAGCAGCUGAACCAUCUCCAGGCCAGGAUCAACUACCACCAUCUUAUGAUCAGAUUUUCACCCCCAAAAAUGAGGAUAAUAGGUUGCCUGGCCAGAGUAACCCUAGUGUUGGCAAUCUCAUUGAUUUUGAAGAGGAGGGUCAGCUUGCUGUUACUACAAAAAUGGCUCCACUUAAUACUUGCAGCAAUGCUUCUGUUGCCACUUCUUCAGCACCUGCAGCUGCAGCUGAUGAGGAUUUUGACAUGUUUGCUCAGUCACGUCAGUCUUUUGAGCAGAACAAGCAAACUUCUGGGAAAACAGCAUAUGGCAACCAGCAGGAAGACCAGUUUGCUGCUGGGCUGGGCAUAGCUGUUAACGUCAAGGCUCAGCCAGAUGUUCUGCAGCUGCAAGAGAAGGAUAGUGAUUAUGAUGAAAUGGAACAAUGGCUUGCAACCAACAAACCUCAGGGAGGAGCUGCAGCAAGUGGCAGUAAGCCCUGAAGGUCUGACAAGCUCAGAGUUUGACAAGUUUCUGAUGGAGAGGGCAUCUGCAGCUGACAUGCUUCCAUCUAUUCCAGCACAGGCAGGCCAGCAAGCAGCAGCCAGCAGAAAUGCACGACAAUUGAAAAAGGAGGAAGAAGAAAACUCUCUGUUUGCGUUAUGAGUAGAAGCUUGACUUGCUUAUGACUUGUCUCUACUGGAAGCAAGCAUUAUGAUUAGAGGCUUCACUUGUCUGUAUUUUGGCUGGUUAUGUCUCUGUUGAAAGCAUGCAUUGUGUUUGAGAGUCUCUCUCUCUUUUUCCUUUUUGACUGAGGAUCUGUUCAGACAUCUCACAUAUGCAGGGCUGUUUGCCCUACAAAUCAUGAACUGUGUCUGAGAUUUUGUUGUCCUAAUUUGUGUUAUCUCUGCCAAAAAAAAAAAAAAAAGCUUUGAAACAUUUCCAAACAACUGAAUGAAUGGCUGAUCAUGAUUUGGAGUAGUGGAAAAAUGGAUUGUGACAGCCUCAAGUCUUUCUGAUUUCUGUCCACUGCACUCAGCAGCUAGCUUCCUACUUGGCCUCAGCUGUUCUCUUUGGCAUGAAGACUGUGUUAUUUAGUACGAUAACCUCCACAUCAUUGUCCGUUCUGAUAGAGUUGUGAAGAAAAUUAAGGAGUGAAAGUUUGGGUAAAGGUCAAUAUUUUGGGGACAUCUAUGACAAAACUCUGUGUGACAACUGGUUCAAACAGAAUCUAGCGGCUAAUAAAUGCUGGAGACAAUAGAAUACCAAUUUAGAAAAGAAACACCCACUAGAAUGAGAGGCCUUCCAGCUACAAAUAGUCUUCAUCAAAUAGCCACAUCAAAUCAUAGAUAAUCAAACUUAUUAUUGGAAUUUACCGUGAAAUAUUCUAUCAUUUAAAUUUUUCUUAUUUUUAUGUUAUUCUAUGCAUUAGUGCGAAAAGACAAGUUUUUUUUGAUAAGGCUAAGUUCUUUAACUUUAAGCAGGAGUGUUUGUCCAAGGAAAUAACAUAGUGAGCAAAGUGACUUGUAAAUUAAAGACCCACUGACCUUGGAGGAGGGGUGCAGCAAAGUUGGUUGAAGUGGUGGUGAAAAGUUGAGUGUUAGAAUGGCAGGGAUAAAGCCCUAUAGGAAAUGAUUAUUAGAUCCUUUUCCUAUUGCCUCAAACACAUUGACAGAGGAUGUAGUUUGACCUCAGAUAGACAUUCCAACAACAGAUCAUCUAUACUUUAAACGUGUUAGGUAAAAAGCCUAGUGUUUUGUACAAGACAUAGUCCACAAGACUGGUAAUAAAUCAACUACAUACAUUUUGACUAAAUGCCUUUCAGAGCAGGAGUAAAGGGUACAUGUCUGGCUGCUCCAUCACCAUGGUCUAAGCCAUCUCCUCUCAUUUGUAUGAAUACAUGCGUGCAUGUGCAUUGGCAGCUGCAUUCACUAGAGUGGGUUUUUAAAAUAAAAAAAUACAAGAUUUCUUUUGGACAUAAAUGUUUUUUAUGACAUUCUUGUAAGUCUAGAUGACAGAGCUCUAGAAAUGUCGCAACAUUUAUGUACACAGCCAGACGGUUCUUUGACUUAGAUUUAAGAAAGUAUUCUACCUACCUAGGCCCUGUCUAGAUUUGUUGUUGCAAAUCAACAUCUUUUAAAAAUUAAUAAGAUAUUUAGCUCUUAAAAGUAUCAAAACAUUGCAAUCAUAACCUUUCAAGAAGUCGUUCAAACUCUGUUGCUACAGAUCUACGAUAUGCUCAAGUCCAGUGCUUACUGAGCACAUGGACCAAAACUAAAAUUCUCUUGCAAACACAAAGUCAUUAUAGGUAUGCAACAAACUAGAGGAAUUUUCUAAUGAAAGUUGACAUCCAAAUGAUAUGCCACAAACUAGAGGAAUUUCCUGAUGGUAUCUUUAAGAAGAUGACAUCCAAAUGUACGCAGGAAUCCUUGCAUCUUCUCAGAGGGUUGAUGUAAUUACACAAAAGGUUAGGGUUAAUAAUGGUAUAGCCUCUGGGGGUUGACAUCUUCAUAGCAAGUGAAGCAAACAUACCCAGAGUGAUGCUUGAAAACAUCCAUUUGUAUCAAAAGUCAAGGAUUUACACCACUUUCAGUUUUUGACUUCCUCACAUGUAACCCAACUGGAGGUCUCAAGAAAACUGUGGAACUGUAUGCCUUUUCACAAAUUUCUCGUGCUAAUAUGACCCAACCAGGCUGGAAACAAAGCAUGCUAAUUUGUCACACCCAGGCAUAUUGCACUUAGCUCUCACUUUAUAAACAAAAACGACAAGUGACUAUAAACGUGCAUGAAGACUGUGGGAUACCUAUAGGUCUUACUAUUUUCCUACACCACCAUCUUGCCACAACAAGUAUUUCAUGACAUAGGUAUUAAAUGGUAUUUGGGUAGGGUUUGGAAAUAUAAAAGUAAGCCCUUAUGUGGUGUUGUGUGGUCAGUGAAUUUGUUUAGAAAAAUACAUUGUUUAAAAGCAAUUGCACCGUCUUGUGGCCUCGGUAAUGAGAGGAGCUCUUGUGGUUCCUGGCUUGAUGAUAAUUAUAUAAGGACAAGAACCUUCAAAGGCAAAUUUAUGUUGCUGUAUGAAUUAGAAUUGCUUUUUUAAAGAUAUUUGGGGUUGCAGAUUGUCAUUUCCCACCACGUAAUAUGCACUAAUUAUUUAGGUGGUUUUUUUCGCUCCUCUACCUCGCGAUUUUCAUUGUGCUCGUGAGUAUGUGUUUUCUCCCUUUUUGAGUUUAGUUUCCCAAAUCUAUCAUGAAAGGAUAUUGGCUUUGUUGCUGGUGUGAUGUUGAUCAGCAGCACCCACAGGGGUUUGUUAAAGUGCAUAUUAAAAAGAAUGCAGUGAUUAGUAAAGUGACUGCUAAUGCAGUCACUAUAGAGCUAUAAAGUUCCCUAUGGCUAUAGUUUCAGUGAAACAUUGUUUAGGGCACAGUAUGUGGGUAGUGGGGCUCAACCCUCUCCUAAUGUUAAAAUCUACUGGAUAUCCAUCUCUGCAUGGCAGUUACUGGGUAACCUACAUGUUGUGAACCAGUGACCUCCACGGAGGAUCAUACCAACCACCUUCCCAUCAGAGCUUUAUACAUAGAGCAGCUAAUGCAAGGGUCUAGUGUUUAGUAAAUCGUUUUCUCGAGCAGUUCAUGGUAAAGCUAUAGACAUUGAAACUAAAGCCAGGAUAUGGUGUUUAGUAAAUUGUUUGCAUGGGCAGUUUAUUAUAGAGCUUUAAACAGAGCAGCUAGUGUUUAGUAAACUGUUGGCUUGAGCAGUUCAUUAUAAGAGUUUUAGACAUUUAACUAAAGCAGGGAAAGCAGAUAGUCAAGAGGUUAGAGGACUAGUGUCCAAGUCUAAAAGUUCACAUGGAUUCGGUACUUAUGUGGUGGGGUGAACUUCCCCCAGACAACCAAGCUGUCUGGAAUGGGUACCAGACUCUAUAGCAGGGUGGGCAAUUAAUUUUCCCAAGGGGCUGCAUGAGAAAUUGGGAUGGUUUUAGAGGGCCGGACUAAUAUAGUUAACUCAGUUUUACCCAAUACUGUAUAUAUAGUAUAUAUACUGAUGGGCGGGCCGGAUCCGGACCGUGGGCCGCCCCUUGCCCAGGUCUGCUCUAUAGAAUGUUGGAAAAGGAAAAGCAAUGAAUGGGAGAGAAGAUGUGCACUGCCCUCAGAAAAAAAUCCUGUGUUCUCUAACAUCUCACUCUAAAUGAUUUUUUUUAAUGGGGAAUCUAUGCUUUUUAAUUAAAAAAAUUGAAAUUAAGAAUAUGACCUGAGGAAGUGCAUGGAGUGGAGCUAGUUGUCAUGGAGAAAUUGGAGUGCUGCUUGAUUCCCCUCUCAGACCCCAGCCUCUUGAAUUCCUUGCUCUUAUUGCUUGGCACACUGGACUGGUUGUCCUGUACAGGACCUUCUCACUAUUGCCAAAAUAGGGAAUAGUGGUGGGCCCCCUAUCAGCUGCCACCUGUGUUGCCUCACUAACGACAGGUGCUGGUCAAGGGACUACAUAGUUGUCCCGGCUGGCCUUGAGUCCUAUCUAUUUUUUUUAGCUGUCUUAUUCUUCCUGCACCCCUUUGUUUUGAAGAUGGCAAACUCUGCUCAUGUACUUGUUUCUCAUGCUUUUUUUUUUUUAAUGCACUGAGCUCACUGCCAAAGCAGGGAAAUGUGUCAUGCUAGUGCUUUUAUCAUUAAGAAUAUUGACAAGAAGUACAUGUAUGCAAAGACUGCUUGAUUGUGUGAUCCUUUUCUUAGUAGCACUUUUGUAUGAUGCAGACAUCUGUAAACCAUCUCACUUCAAUAUUUCCAAAAAAAAUGCAUGUACUUUGGCAUGUUUAACAUUUUAGGUUUGUCUUCCUCUUUAAAACACAAAUGAGAGAGACUGUAUAUAUAUAUAUGGAGAAGUACCUUGGCUAUUUGCUUACAUUUUGCUCAUGAUAAAGCUAUGUUGAAAACUUAUACAUAUGUUGACUGUGUAUGCAGUGUAUACUGGAAUGCAUGGGAGUGUAGGAUGCAGAAUAACUGUAUUAUGAUAUUGUCUAAUCACCCAACUGAUGUACACAUUUGCAUGUGAUGUGUAUAGUGGAUCAUGUGACUUAUUGGGUGCUAAGGGCUGUACAUGAUGAAUGGCUGUUACUUUUUAAUCCGUUUCAGAUCUAUACUUAUUUGACUUGUAUACAGUAUCAUUUGUAUUGUAGAUAAUAUCAUGUGAUAUACUGCACAUUGGUGACAUUAAUUAUUAGUCUGUACACAGUGUUUUACAUUAAUACCUUUUGGUUUCCAUACUGGUGCUCCUUGUUUGGUAUCUGCUUUUUCUCCUUCAGCAUUGAAAUAAAUGCCCUGUACAGUCAAGUACUAUGGUUAGACCACAUACAAGACACAAGUGAGUGCACUUAACAAUACCUUUCAUGCUUUGCGUUUGAAUCGCUCACAGGUCAUGUGUUUACAAAGAGAAAUUGAUAAGUUAGGAGAAGUAGGCAAGCCAUUAAUGCUAGAUAUCAUUUUGGCAAAAUAAACAACCAGGAGGAUUUAUCUCAGAUUAAACAGGAGCAUUAAAGACUACAUGUUUGAGAAAAGUGUAUGCGCUAGAAUAAUGUCAAUGUAUGAACUUGAAGGACUGUUAGUUAAAUUUAUCAAAGAUGCAGGCACACUUGAAAGGAGAUGAAUGGUAGUCAAGCUUGUGAACCUACAGGCCUGCUGAGCUAACAGCAGUAUGCUAUAGCCAGGAGGAUUGGUUGCAGCAUGAUGCAAGAAGAAGAUAAUAGGAAAAAGGAUUGGCAGGUUGAUGGAUUUCACCAGAGAAUGUGUUCAGAGCUUGAAAGGGGAUUUUGGGGAUGGAAGGGUCUUGCUUUUGUAUGAAGGAUGUUUUGAGAUGGGGAUUUAGAUUUUUUAAAGAAAGCAAAAUGACAGUAACUGGUUCCUUGGUCACAGUGUUGAGGGUUAUUUCUUUGCUUUGGAUUUGCUUUUUCUCCACAAGUUUUAUAAUAGAGUUGUGGAGAGACUGAUUUCUGUAUUGAAGAGAAAGACUUUUUUGUUAGGAACUUAACUCUGUUAACUCUGGAGAUAGUUUAUUAGAUCUUGCUGUUGGCAUCUUUUUAAUGACAGGUAACAUGAAUCAUACCUGUGACCAUUUGUCAAUAUUUCUGAUAAAUACUUUAGGAUGGUAAUAAGUUAUUAAGUGGAUUGUGAAUAUGAAAUGUUAAUGGAAUAAAUUGUCUUCACCUUAAAACUGCA